AUGGGAUACUUCGAAGGUAUUGUUCCUAAAUACUUAAUACUCUACUCAGUCAUAAAGAUCCUUGUUGAUCUGAAUGACUUCAGAAAGGGCAUCUUUAAGGACUUUGAUAGAAAGUUUUACUAUCUUGAAAUAGCUAAGUUUUUUGUAAUAGCCUCAAGAAUCAUGGGAAUGAAGUAUAUUAGGAGAAGAGCACAGUUCAAUCUUACAAUCAUGUCUGUUUUUCUCGAGACUGCGCUGUUUUUUUAUCAAAGUAGAUAUUUUAGCCGCUUUAGGCUAUAUUUGGAAGCUGUAUUUGGCUGCACAAGCUUUAUUUUCCUUAUAUUCUUCCAUCCAAGCUACUGUAAAAGGAAUGCAAAUAAAAACAAGGAUACAAAUAAAGACAAGGUGUGCGACAAAUGCACAGAUAAAGGUGUGAAGGAGGGUAUUCAAAAUAAAGAAAAGAGUGAAUAA